AUGGCAAGAUCCAGCAAAGCUCGCCGUGCUCGGAAAUUGUCUGAUAAAGAACAAAUGAACUCAACAUUCCAAAAAGCUCGCCAUGGUGCGUCCGACUCCAAAAGCCAGGUCCAAAUCGAAACACGAGGACCGAAGACCACUUUACCCACCCUGAAUACUUCUCAGUCGCAAUCUGAGAGACCGACGAACGCGCCGUUGCACAAACUCGGUCAAUAA